AUGCAUCUCUUUGGUGAGAGCGAGGUGCAAAAUUACGAUAUCCUGGCUAUCCAGGAACCCUACAUCAACAAAUAUACCAACCCACUAACAACAUACUCACUAGCGCUCAAGGGCAGCUUCCAUAUCCUACUGCAGCCCACACCCAAGGAAGAAUACAAGAAACGCCCACAAGUCUGUUUCUACGUCAAUAGAGGGCUAGAUCCAGCCACAUGGGAGGUCCAAUACCAUAAUAGAGAUCUGAGCACAUUGACACUUCAUACAGCCGCCCAUGGAACCAUCCAUAUUCACAAUGUAUACAAUCCAGGAGUCAAUAGCAACGAGGAAUCUGUAAUUAACACCCUGCAAACCACCAUGGCACCUAGGACGCAGCAUAUUGUAUUGGGGGACUUCAACCGAUAUCACCCGCUGUGGGCGGGCCCGCGGUACCGACACGUUGACGAGGAGGCCACUAAAUUGAUUAAUCUUAUAGAUGAGCAUAGGCUUGAGCAGCUCCUGCCACCAGGCACGAUCACGUACGAGAGGGUUAACGCCAAAUCUACAAUUAAUCUGGUGUGGGCAUCGCACAAUCUAGCUAACUGGGUAGUGAGCUGCGACACCAAGCCAGAGUGGUGGUACGGAGCAGAUCAUGUCCCAAUCUCCACCCAGUUUGACCUUACAGCUGUACGUGUUCCUCCAAUGGUUCGCAAGCAGUGGAAUGCAACAGAUUGGGACCUCUUCCUUAAACUGAUGGACAUAUACAAUUGGCACCCAAGGGAGCUCAAUGACAAUGAGGCGAUCAAUGAGGCGAUCCGCUAUCUAGUUGAGGCAAUCAAUCAGGCAGCUGAGCAAGUGACACCUACAAAACAGAUCAGCAUCUACUCACGAGCGGGCUACACCCCAGAGAUGGCGAAGCUUAAACACCACGCAUGGGAGGACUACGCAGAGGCUAGGAAAGAGAUGAAACGGCGCACCAAUGAGCUCGCACGAGAUCUACAUCGCCAACGAAUUGAGCAGGCAACAGAGUCAAUAGAUAGAUUCUGGAGAAUUGCCCGUUGGGUCCGCAAUAGGGGCAAACCACGUGCCACGUUUACCCCAAUAUUACACUACAAUAACACGAGUUACACAGCCCCAAAGGAGAAAGCAGCUCUAUUCCGAGAGGUCCUCCACCCAGAGCCCCCGGAGGCAGAUCUGUCAGAUAUUGGACCACAAUAUAGAUAUCCCAAACCAUAUACGAUGCCACCAAUCACGUUAGACGAAGUCCGAACGGCAGUAACCAACGUGAAGCCCGACAAAGCACCAGGGCCAGAUGGGAUCCCCAAUCUGGUCCUACAAAGGCUGCUCCCUACUAUCAAGGCCUAUCUCGUUAAUCUCUUUAAUGCAUGUCUACGUCAACAAUACUGCCCUGACCAUUUCCGAAAGUCGACAACAGUCAUCCUUUGCAAGCCUGGAAAGCCUGAUUACUCUGAUCCAAAGGCGUACCGCCCAAUAGCGUUACUGAGCACGACUGGCAAAGCACUAGAAUCAGUGUUAGCCAGACGUCUCAGCUAUCUAGUGGAGCAAUAUAAUCUUUUACCAAAGCAACAUAUUGGAGGACGUCGCGGCCGCUCAUGCGAACUAGCAAUCCAUCUCUUACUAGAAGAGACCCAUAGUGCGUGGAGAGAGGGCUCACGAGUAGCCUCAGGGCUUGCACUUGACGUGGCAGGGGCUUUUGAUAACGUCAAUCAUAUAAGGCUGAUACACGACCUACGAAAGCGCCAGAUUAAGAGCUUUCUAAGCAAUCGCCGCACAUCAAUCACACUCCUAGAGGGCAAUAUGGGGGAAUUUCUAGUCAAUACAGGCAUUCCGCAGGGCUCCCCAUUGUCACCAAUCCUAUUCCUAUUCUUUAAUGCAGAUCUUAUUGAGCAGAUACUCGCCGAGUGCCCAGACGUGAUUGUACUUAGAUAUAUUGACGACAUCUUCAUCAUGACAUAUAGGACCUCCGCCGCAGCCAACUGUUGCACACUCACCAAAGUACACCAGGUUGCAGAGCGCUGGGAGAGGACACAUGCCUCUAAAUUUGCGCCUGCCAAAUAUCAACUUACCCACUUUUGGCGGAAGCACCAAAUGGUGCCUAAGCCGAGUGGUAGGCUGGAUGUACCUCUCACAAUCAAGGAAGUAGAAAUUAAGCCUACGGACUCAAUCAAAUAUCUAGGAGUUUAUCUGGAUACCCACCUCACUGGGGAAGUGCACGUACAGGAGAUGAGAAAGAAGGCUGCAAAACUGGUGGCAGGAUUAAGCUUAAUUGCAGGAUCGACAUGGGGAACGCCCCUGGUUCAUCUAAGGAAGAUAUACAUGGCUGUCCUCCAACCACAGAUCAUAGGGUUCACCGGUGUGCAGCGAGCCGUAGAGCAAGCCAUUCGAUCGAUCCAGGAUCAGGCUCUUUACCAGAUAUCCGGCGCGUUCAAACGUACGUCACGACAGGCCCUAGAGGUCUGUCUCCAUGUACCACCUGCAGAGCUCACGCUCGUAAAGCUGGCUGAGGAGGCCUGCCUGCGGAUCAUGACCUCACCACUUCGAUCUACGCUUUACCAAAUACAUGGCCAUGCCCACCGUAACGACCCAUACACGUUGCUACUUCAUCGAUUGGAAACAGCCAUUAACCGCAAACUGGGACAUGAUACUAGCCAACGCAUUGAGAUAAUCUACCCCUUUGUAGUGCCACCGUGGUGGAAGCCACCAGAAGCAAGGAUUGAUGAUACCCAUGAGGAGGCUAUCAAGGCUAUUGAAGUAAUCUCAGGAACAGAUACAACAAUAUAG